UUUAGUACAACUUAAUAUAAAAAUUUCAAGAUGGCAGCUCCCUUGCAACAUUUUUCCUUACAAGAUUGUAAAAAUGCGCUUAGUGACAUACUUGAUGCACUAAAAGAGGGAGAAAACUUUCAACGCUUAGAAGAAGCCAAGCAAUCGGCUGGAAAUGACAUGUUGCGAACAAUGCAGAUUGUGUUCCCUGUGGCCACUAACAUCCAGAUGGAAGUUAUCGAGAGAUAUGGUUUCCCAUCCGAUGGAGAAGGAAUCAUUCGGUUUACCCAGGCAGUGAAAAUGUAUGAGAAGCAAGAUGAGGAAAUCCAUCAGCUAAACCAAAGUCUGAAAACUCUCCUCAUUCCCUCUGUGACAGUUAUACCCAGUGGACCAGAACAGCAUAAUGGAUCCUGACAAGCAAGCCAACCCAUUCAUCCAAUAAUCACACCAUGUUGUAACACCAUGAGGAAGAGAUAUGGUGUCAUAGGCUGAGCAAAUUCCAAUGUUAUCUUUAAAGAUAGAUAUACAUGUAGCUUCAAAUUUUAUUAUGGUAUCAAGCCUGGUAUUUAGCAUUUGUGUGUUUGCCUUAGUAGCUCUAUGCGUAUGUGUCUCAUAGCAUUUAUGUAUAUAUUUUU